AUGAGAAACACCCUCUAUUUGAGCAUAUUUUUCCUUGUUUUUGGAAUCACACAGUCUGUGCUUGUUGAACUCAGCAGAAAGCAUGUUAUGGACAGGCUUGUCAGGGAUCAUGGAUUUUUCUAGGGAAAGAUUAACCAAAAACUGGCUUGGAGUAAUCGUGAAGCAGAUCUCGUAUCUUUAGAUUACGCUACAAUUCUUUUUGAAGAUCCUAAAGAGUCCUAUUAAAAGGCUAUCUAGUACUCAAUCCAAGGAAAGGUAUCUUAACAGAAGUUUACAGCUGUCGUACUUACUAAACUAGUGCCAUCUGAACCUUGGGAGAGCUAUAAGAACAAGCUAAUAAGUGAAGUUUAAAUACACGGAAUUGAAGAUACUAAUCUGAGAGAUCUUGCGAAAGAGGUGGUAUUUAGAAUGGCAUACAUCUUUUCUGAUUGGACUAAUAACGCAAUGUGGGGGUCUCAAGAAUAGUUUUACAUAUCCCAUCUGAUUAUGUAUCUGAUAACAAGAGAUUCAGACUAUUACUACACUAAUGGUGAAUCAUUAUUCUUUGAUUAAAGUGGCUAAGAGCUUUAACAGAUACUAGGUGAUACUGCUACUGAAGGAACUUAAAGCUUAUAUCAAAAUGCUCCAAAACAUUAGUCACCCAGAUAUCUCGGAAUAACAUUGAAUGAUGAGUUUUUGAAGUCAGUCAUUUUUGCGUUUCAUUAACAAAAAGAUUUUGAUUUAAGGUAGCGCCUUAGACAUCACUCAGAUUUAGUUCCAGAGAUAAUUUAAAUGAAUGUCUUUAAGGCCUCUGUUGUUUUUACCAAAUUAGAAAAUCUCUAUGAUGAUAAAAAACUAGUUAAUAUCAUCUUCAACCCUAAAGAUGCUUAAAUAGGCUGGCUAGUGAAUUAAUUAAAAAGUUUUAAACUUGAAUUCAAGUAAGAUCGUAUUGAUGUUAACAUUCCUCUCAUAUUUGACAUAACUAUCCAAAACAACCAGAACGCUUGGGAUGUAUUUCGUAGAUGUUACCUUGAAUUGGCAGUGAAUAUCGAUAUUAAAUAAUUAGAGGAUAAGCCUUUCAAGUUCUAAAUCAAUGGAUUACCUGCUGGUGUUGCAAAAAUUAUGAUUGUUGAUCCUUAAUCUCCAUCAAAACGUAUUGAAGAUGAAGAGUUGAUUGUCAAAGGAUUAAUAAACUUUUUUUUCAAUAAAUUCUUUAGACAACUCACUACUUCACCAUUGGUAAUCCCUGUAAAAUUUCCUAGAUUUGACCUAAAGACUAUCUCUAAAAGCUUCAAACUGAAUGUGGUUCCUGGUUAUUUAGAUUUUGGAAUUGAAAAUUUGGACUUAAAUAUGAUUCCUAGUUACGGAUUUAACUUUGUUAAAAUGGUUGGAGAUGUUUCAGGUGGAUACAACGGUGAUGAAGGUAGAAAAAGAGAUGCCUACAAUAGAUAGCAAGAGUUAGAUAGAUAGCAUAGAUAGCGCUAAGAGGAAAUUAAAAGACAAGAAGAAGAGAGAGCAAGAAACCAAAAAACCGACUUAUGA